ACUCCCUCCUUCUCUCGACUUCCAGAGAGCAAAAGGAGCAGAGGAAAGCAAAUGAAAAAAAAAAAAAUUCUCUUUUUUCCCAAUAUUUUUUCCAACACAUUUUUGCACACAAUAAAAGGAGGCAGCAACUGGUUGGAUUGGAGCUUAGGGAAUUUCAUCAAAAAUUUUAACAAGGGACUAAUACUCUCAUUGAGGUGGCGGUCGGUCACCGCUGACAGCCAUGGCUGCCAACUGCUGACGCAAAGUUGCAGAAGAAUUAUCGCAGGAAGAAGAAAGCUUCUUCGUACAGGCUGCAUGUUCUUUUUCAAAAAAGUGACCACAGCAUGGUCAGAGAUGCAGAUAGUAAAUGCUUUGAAUUCUGAUGGACCUCAUACUGACAUCAUACUUGCGGAAGUCAACCUUCUUAUGGCGAAUGGUGCAGAAAUCUUGAGAUAUAUUAUGCACAAUAAGGACCUGCAACACAUUCCUGUGAUCAGAGGAGUGAAGUUCUACAGGGAUGCUGUUCAAAGAUUAGGCAGAUCAACAUAAAAUCACUGGAUGAAAAACAUGCCGAAGUUACUUUUUCCCGGCUCUAUUACUUUGUGAAAUAAUCGUCAUCUUAAUUAUUGCUACAAAUAUAAAGAUCUAUCCACAAUAACUUUAACUUAUGUAGUAAUGAUUGUAUUGAUUACUUCAGCCUCCAGAAUACAAAAACUUUCACUGCCAUGUGGACUUUGAUGUUUUAGGCCUGGUGAUUUUUUGGCCUUAGGUUGAAUACAAUAAUCAUUUAGGCGUCUCGAGUCAAUUUGUAACAUAAAGCAUUCUGAAAGCAGUAACAAGCUUUUU